CAGUCGCUCAGCCUGUUAAAAAUGAUAGACAUAUCUCCUUCUCAUCACACCCUACCGUCAUAAAUGAAGGAUAUAUUAGACAAUCUAAUCUCUGAAAUGCGGAAAGACGAAAUGGUCACAACUGGAACUCAUUUGAUCGUUGCAUAAACAUCAGAAUGGGAGGCAAUGAUGGACCAAAGAGUGGCUGCAAGAGAUCACGUACCUAUUAUAAGAAAUGUAUGUAUAAGAAACGUAAGAAAUGGAACUCCAUAGAUGUUGGGAUGCGAGGUUUUCUGGUGACAUGUAAUCGCAAUGAAAGUCAAGCUGUUAAGGAAAUGUAUAAUCUUCUCAAUGAAUACGCCGAUAUAUUAUAUGGACCUGAGCAUACAGAGGUGACAUCAAAGAAUUUGGAAUCUAAUGAUGACAAAGAAGAUUCAGAAGAAUCAGCUGGUGAGAUUGAAGAUGAACUUGAACGAGAAGUGAAAGCCUUGAAAGAGGAAAAACCUGCUGAACGGCGGUUCCAGCAGGUGGACAGUGGCACAAAGAACUGUCUAUUCAUCAAGACUACCCUAGAGAAGCCAUGUGAAUUAAUUCAUCACAUUCUCGGUGAUAUUUACCAAAGUCAAGUCCAAAAGACACGCUAUAGUCUUCGUGUCCUUCCAGUGAGUACCAUUUGUCGUAUCGAUUUGGCAGAGAUCACAAAGGUGGCCACGGAUCUCCUGGAUUCAUAUUUCUCCACACCUUUUGGAACAACAACAACAUAUGGCAUUUCAUUUAAGGCUCGUAUGUCAGCUAGAGUGUCCCGUGAUGAUGUAAUUCGGAAUAUCUGUCAGAUUAUUGAAGAGAUGAAUCCCUUGAAUAAGGUUAACUACAGUGCACCAGACUUUAUUGUCAUUGUAGAGUUCCUGAAAGGAUUUUGCUGCCUAAGUGUUGUGAAAGAUUUCUACAAGUUCCGCAAGUACAAUCUACAGGAGACAGCCAAAGCACUGCAACGUCUGGCUGCAAAUCAAUGUGAAACCACAGAAGAACAACCAAAUGCUACAGCUCUAACAGAGAGCACACCUGACACUGAUAUCAUUCAUGCCAGCACUCUUGCUAAAUCUGACUCUAAAAAUGAACUAAGUGCUAAUUCUAAGGACAAGUCAAACAUUAAUAGAUCUAACUGUACUGAAAUACAGAAUGAUUGUAAUCAGUCUAGUGAAAAAUCAGAAACAGAAACUGGUGAGAAAGUUUAGCAAGAACUGUUGUGAACUAGUUCCAUUGCUGGCAGCAGUGGAGAUCAGAUGAAUUUUAAGAAAGUGUGCAGUCUUUUGAAGUCAACUCCCUAAGAUGUACUUUCCUGUUGUUUGUUCCAUUCAGCUCUAUUUAGUUGUAAAAAUAUCUGUUACCAUUUCUUUAAA